AUUCUAUAAAUGAAUAUUCGAUAAAUAAAUAAACCAAUAAAUUAAUAAAUUUCAUUAGUCACAAUGGACAAGUCUAUAAAAUAUGACAUUAAUUAAGAUAAUAAAUUUGCAUGAAAUCUUAUGAAAAUAAAUCAUAACUUUUUGGGCAAAGAAAUCAACUUAUACUUAAUUUGGAAAAAUAUCAAUAUUAUGAAUGUUAUUAUUUUCAUAUAAAUACACAAUAAUAUGCGACAAAGAGAAGUCGCCCUGACAAAAUUUAAGGUCCCAUAUCUCUCCUUUCCUCUACGCUUCAGAUCUCAAACGAUGAAAGCUGCAAGAUUGGGAAGUGAAGAGGUUACGUAUCCAGAUAGGAUCAGUCAGCUACCUGACGAUUUGCUCUUACGAAUCCUCUCAUUGGUUCCGGUAAGAACUGCAAUGUCCACAAGCUUAUUGUCUAAACGAUGGAAACCUGUGUGGAAGAUGAUGCCAAUGCUCGUGUAUGACGAAACAUGUCCUUACAUUGGUUCUCUUGGAUUUGACCUAUUUUGUGGCGUGUCCUUGCCGUUACAUGAAGCUCUCAAAACCCUAAAUCUCAAACUUGGGAAGUACUCUGAUUCCAUAGAUACUCUAUUAUUCCCAAACAUUGGUUCCAAUCUCCUAGAUAUGACAAUCAAUUUGAAUUAUUAUUAUGGUUAUUACACUCCCAUCAAGUUCCCAAAUAACCUCAACGUUUUCAAAACACUCUUUGUCUUGAAACUUCAAGGCAAGAUUGUUCUAGACGUUGUCGAUUCUCCUGUUUGUUUCCCUUCCCUGAAAAUUUUGCACCUCACAUGUGUGGAUUUCCAAUGCGAAGAAUCUUUCACAAGAUUGUUAUCGUCUUGUCCUGUUCUUGAAGAUCUCUUCCUCCAAAGACUUUGCAGUGGUGGCCGUUUUUUGUUCAACAUGUCAGUCCCUUCUUUACAGAGAUUAUCCAUUACAUCAGAACCAGCCUAUUAUGGAUCCGAUGAACCAAGACUCGAGAUAAGCACUCCUUGUUUGAAGUACUUAAAGAUCUUCGAUCGCUGCGGUUAUUAUAACUUUCUUGAGGAUAUGCCUAAACUGGUGGAGGCAGAUGUAUCAGUUGAUAUGUCCAAAAAUGAAAAUCUUCUGAGAGUUCUUUCUUCCGUUGAGCAUCUUGUGAUAUGUUUAUAUCCUUCAAUGGUUCUUGAUCUAACGGAUAGUUUAAUCUUCAACCGGCUUCUUCAUCUUGAACUAGACGUCUGCAACAGUUUUCGCUCUAAUCUACUUCUGCGGUUGCUGAAAUAUUUUCCUAAUUUACAAUCUCUCAAGCUAGGCCGCACAUAUCCCAAAGAUACCGAGGAUCAACUGUACUGUUUAGUCUCGGAACAGGGCUCUGUUCCUAAAUGCUUGAGCAUCCAUCUUGAGAGUAUUCAAUGGACAGGCUAUGGAGGAACACUAGAUGAGCGAGAAGCCGCAGCUUAUAUUCUGAAAAACGCUCAUCGUUUAAAGACUGCUACGAUCAGAUUACAUACAACGUGCAUGGAAAAUGGUCAGAUUAUGAUGAAGGAUUUGACAUCUAUGUCCAAAGCUUUGGCCUCAUGUCAGCUUGUAAUUGAAUAAUACCCUAAUAUAAUUUAUUCUUCCGGGAAAAUACAUUUUGGAUUUUAAAUCUUUGAGUUGAUUCGGACUAUUAUAUUAGCAUUUGAGAUUCUAUGAUAAGUUCUGAAGAUAGAGGUUUUUUUUUCGUUGACAAAUCGAAAACAUAGGAGUCUUUUUCCGACCGUAUUCCUAAGUAGAUAUUAGUAGCUACUAUAACUUUGUAGUAUUUAAUUCCAUUGUUCUGAUCAUCUUACGACCAAGUAUGGGAAAGACAUUAUAAGUUUGUAGAUUGCUUUUGUUUUUUUUACAUGAGACUGUGUUCCAUGCGAUUUGUCUCACAAAUAUUCGUACUAGAAACCUAAUCUAGAAGCUAUUCCAAUUUGGGUUAGACUCAACAAUGUUCCAUACGAUUUGAUUACUGAGAUUGGUUAUUUCAUAUUGGUGCUUUUAGGCUAUCUAGUUGGUGUCAGAAAUCUCAAUGGUUUCUCAUCAGGAUUAGCUCAAGCUAAAGUUGAUCUAUCCAAACUUUUAGCUAAUAACGUUGAAAUGGAAACAUAUGAAGGAAAUGUUAUCACUCUAGAGGCUACUUAUCGUAGAUUACCUCCUAUUUGCUCUUGAUGUUGUAUUGUUGGUCAUCGUGAAUCUGCUUGCUCGACUCUCAAUCACCCUACCAUUGUCCAAGGCAGGGGAAUGUUGCUGAUUUAGUUCAGACAGUAGAUUCGCUGGGCACCGACUGUGUCUCUGAUCCAUUGGCUGUUCCACAAUAGGUAAUUUCCUCUCCUAAAGUCAUUAUCGAUUCAGUUUCUACCACUACGAUUGUAUGGGAAACAUAUCCUAAUGACAAUUUUUGUCCUCAUGAAACUACCUCUGCUUCUAUGGUUAACCUUAUUGCUUCUGAUCCUACUGCUGAAGAGAAGUCUUCUGUAGAGUU